AUGGAUGCCUACCGUGACGAAUGCACUGGGAUCGGUAUCGCCUACAGGACGGACGGCCACCUACUCAAUCAGCGGCUGAUGUACUUUCAAUCGCGUAUUUCUCUUCGCCGACGACUGCGCUCUCAACGCCACCUCGGUAGGUGUCAUGCAGAUCAGCAUGGAUCGGGAGAAAUUUAUUAGAGGUCUGACAAUUCGUCUACCCAUCCUCAAAGACUGGGAAGCGAUUUGCACAGCUCUCCUUAUAGGGGGCAUUUUGUUUGUUGCCUGGUCUGCCAAUGCCGCCUGUGUGACUGCAUUCGUCCCGCAUGUCACCGUGACCUAAAUCGUCCCCGCCCUCGUCGGCCGCGAUGAUGGUUUCCGCGCGAGGCUUCCCACUAGUCUCACGAUAGCUCGAAGCCAAUCAACAUUGCCCAUUCUCUGAUUGUCUGUUGAACGCUAACCGGGACAGAGCCCCAGUAAACAAACCCCCGCCACCGCUACUGCAUGCCUAUGAUAAUUAACCGCCCACCCGCUUAAUCGACGAUUGUUGCCCGCUGGUGCGCUAAUUGCCUAUUACCCGGCAUGCAAGCUGUUAAUUGCUGAAAUAUUAUUAGUCGUGUUGGAUGCUGGCGUAAUGAUUGCUCCGCCAGCUGGCUCACCGGCCUGCGGGCAGGGCGCUCAAGCAUGCACAAGGAUUGCAUCGCUCGCCAUGAUCUGAUGCCGUCUCUGAUAUGAACCUGAAAUGUCAGUCGGACAAUGUUCGCAUUUCCUCGGUUGCGUCUCCUCCGCCUUCCUGAAAUAAAAUAUUUAAACACAUGAUUGGACCUUGGCCUUCAAAUAUUAUUUCUCAUGGAGAGGUGGUAGGAAGUAGAGAGCAUGUAUGUACAGGGACAGACACAACCGGUCUUUGCUCUGCACUGAUCCAGCCAACUGCCCAGACUGACGACCAGUAGAACGGGCUGACGCAGGCACAAAAGCUCGCCUCAACCGCUGACUGUCAUACCACACAACAUCCCCGCCGCCACCGCCACGGUCACCGUCUCAGAACAUGUUAGUUAUCACUUACUAGCUGGUCCCCGCCACGGGUUGCUGUGGCUCAGUCUGAUUAAAUCUAAAAGAAAGAAAAGACGAAGGGAACGCGUUUAUAAUAUGUUUAAUUUCACAAUGCUUGUGGGUAUACAAUAUUUUUUUGCCUCUGCUUUGUCUGUGCAGACACAAAGAUUGUCUGGUUUGCGUACUCGGGAGCACGCAACGUAUAAUUGGCCAUGUGAGAAAUAAUCAGUUGGCAGAUCCAAACCGCACAAUUCUAAAGAUUAGCCCUGAGCUUUGUUUGAUGGUGAUUACAAACGCCAAUCGAAUCGGUAAUUGCAGUCUCCCCUACUGAAAUAGCGUAUAGGUUGGAAUUAGUGGAAUGCGAGGAAUAAGGAAAUGUUCACAUUUGGAAGGCCCUCUCAACAUAUUCGCUUCUGCGACGUUGCUGCAUUAAUCUUUUUACUGUAAGCCGCGUGCCGUUUCAAACCUUCGGCUAGUUGACAUUACGUAAGAUGACAAUCGGUACGCCGAUUUUCAAUUGCAGUACGUGCGGCGACAUUCCUGGCAGAUCCAGCGAAUUCAAAAUUUCCGUUGGAUAACUAACUGCCUCCUCUGCUUCCACAACAGUGUCGACGGACGUGCAUGUGAUUGCCUCGCUUUAAAUCCUAGACUGAAUAACGUGGUUAAAAUGGUACGCAUCUUUGUUCUCGGCUGCAAGAAUAGCUCGUUCGCUCAGCCAAUCGUGAUUCGUAUAAUUGGUUUGAAUAUUGGGAAAUACCUUGUCAACUAACUCUUCUUUCGACAACACUAAACUGCCGAAGAUAAGAGGUAGUGAAAUGCGUCCCGAAGUCGGAUCAACCGGCACCGCUCCGUUCCCAAUUGUCAGCAAUUUGUGUGAGGAUAUUUCAGCUGAUCGGUCGGUUUGCAGCUGGACACGCAUAUUUGUAGUUAACGUCUGGACGUGGCGCCACAAAGUACGAGGUUUUCAGGCAGGCCUUUAUUUCGUCCGCUGGUGUCGGUCCAUGAAUUACAGGCAGUGUUUGCCUGAAGUCUCCUGCAAACAGUAGCAGCACAUCCCCAAGUGGUUUGCUGUUUCCGCGCAAAUCUUGCAGUGUUCGACCAUGGGCCUCGAGCCAUAGUGCAUUUAACUCAAACACUAAGUUUACAUUUCUGCGGUACUUUUCCGUGCUGAAUGCCUCGGAAAUGUUGUAGGUGGGAGUUUCAAUUAAUUGCACCUUCAACGGCAAUUUCAAAGCGGAAUGGGCAAUCCUUCCGCCGGGUAGCAGGGUUGUAGCUAUUCCGGUGAAGACAAGUGCUAAGGCUAUGUCAUUUUUGGAUCAUAUUGCUGUCAAAAUCAGUCUUAGUAGGAACAUUUUCCCAGUCCCCCCCUGGCGCAUCUCCGAAGAAGAUUCCUUCAACCUCGUUAUAGACAGUUGGCAUUAUUUGCUCGUAAAUGCCAUUCUGCUCCAGUGUUGGCUUAGGAGAGUUUGGUUGCAGAUGCGACAGAAGACCCACCGUGUUGCAGUUUUGCCCACGCCGCAAAUCCAUGUCUAACGAAGCAGCAGCAGCAGAUCGGUUUGGUGAUGGCUUUCCCAGUUGAUUGAGAACUCUGUUCACGAUUUCUACGUACAUAUUCUCAAUUAUUAUGAACGCCUCGUUGUAGAUUUCUGCCGUGAAAUCCACAUUUGAAUUUUCCAUGCGUAGUCGGCGGAAGGUAUCUUCAGUUACCUUCAGGCCUACACAGCUAUAUUUCUAUCCAAAUGAGUAAUAAUAAAAAGUGGUCGAUUAGGCGUUAUUCUGUAGCUGGGGUUGGGUGAAACGAAAAACAAUAUUGCCCUCAGUGUCAGGUGGGGGAGGGGGAGGGUGGACACUGGGACGGGUGAUUAAAUGCGGGUGGCUGGCUUGGUGAAUUAGGCCUAUGGUCUUGCCUGUAUGAAGUUCUCUGCGCGCAUAGAACUUGUUUGCGCAACCUGAUUGUAACCGUCUCCACUGUUGCCAACAGACGCUGUUCAAGUUAUUUUAGAUAGCUUGACGGGACAUUGUAAAUCACCCAGAAGACCUGCCCGGCAUCUACACAGUGUUCCGCGUCUGUCAUGUGCGCGAGGAUAGAGCUGUUAACGUUCUUUAUUUGGCCUUUUCCUAACCGUGCUGGAAGGUGCUCUCUUAUUCUCUUUGAAAAACGCCACUGUAACCACUUGAGCUACGAGGUCCCGCCGGAAGACACGUGGGUACGAAUCCCACCGAGGUGCCGAGUUUUUCACAGUUGGGUCAAUAUGGAUUAUUCAAAAUCUGCCAAAAUAUCUAUGAAUUAUGUGAGCCUGAUAGUCAUCUGGUGGAUUCUAGGUGAAUUACUUAGGAAAUCCUGCUUGGGCAGUCAACUUACUGUAUCAGAUUUGGUGGAUUCCAGACGUUGCAGUGAUUAAACUCGCGUCGUCCGGCGGGGCCUCGUAGCUCAAGUGGUUAGAGCGUUGGCUGUACUAAAGCCUUCCCCUUAUUGCGUGGGUUCGAAUCCCACCGAGGCGCCGAGUUUUCACAGUUGGGUCUAUAUCAAUAACACUAAAAUUAAUGAUGAUAAUAAUAAUAAUUGCUAGGAGAUGGAGCAUGCAUUUUUUAUAGUGCCCUUUGCCAGUUAACCGCACAAUGGAAUGGUUGUACGCAGAAGUACGAACAUGGAAAUGAAGGAGGUGUUGAUUGCUGUGGAAACAGAAGACUGAGACAGAGAAUUGGUUGAGCAGCCCUUACUGUGACAGGGGACUGCAGACGCGACUGAGAAGACAGUGGCGACAAUUGUUUCAGCAAGGCGAGACCCAACCUUUGGAGGUGCGUCGAGGGCGGUGCGUGCGUGCGUGCGUGCCUGCGCACAUGACCUUUGUCCGCCUACAAUCCAGAUCAGCGAAUGACACAACGCCGAUUGGCGUCAAGCCGUCUCCACGACGUGGCCAUGUCACGUGCGUUGCAAUCAGCAUCCAAUUGGCAGGAGGUGUUAGUUAGGCUGCCAGAGGGGGCGUCAUGAGAGAAUAACCAGACUGACGACCAGUAGAACGGGCUGCCACAGGCACAAAAGCUCGCCUCAACCGCUGACUGUCGUACCACACAACUUCCCGCGGCCACCGUCACCGUCUCAGGACAUGUUAGUUAUCAGUUAAACGGUCUUCUUACUCAAUGCAGGUAUGGGUCGGACGAAUGGCAUUAAAUAGAAGCAACUGGUUGAGCGCAAGCCAGAUGCCAGGGACUGCCUCAAAUCCCACCUUUCGCCUCGACCAAUCGUAGCCCUAGGCGGCAGCCCAGUCAGCCGGGAUGACUCGCAAACCACAUCUUCUUUCAGGUGCAUCUGGGACGUCAGUAAAAUCGGCAUCUCAACUCCUCACUAAUUCCUGCGAGCAAAAGUGGAGCUUCACGGGGCGAUACUGUUCGUCGACGUGACACUGUUCUUUGCACCCAUCUCACCGGAUUUGGUGUACAAGGCUAUGCGUUGCGUCUUGCAUUGAAGUAUGGUAAAUCACGGGCAUGUCUUUACUGAUAUUGUCAUCAAUAUAUUUUCUGCCCCACAGAAGCAGGUGAGGGAGUUAAUACAUACAGAGGUUGUCUGGCCUGACAGUUUGUCCUUGUCCUCUCCGUAUAUGAUGGAACUAGUAGAGAAGAGUACAGCGGCGUCAACUGCCGUGAAGGUGUGUGAUAUAGAUUGAGUUAGGCGCCUUGUUAAAAGUUCACUUGGCGCGUCCCCUUGAAACGGCACCCUGAGGAAAAGCUUAUUUUUGUCUGCCGUCAGCCUCGAGGGCUUUGGUAGUCUUUCGGUCAUGUACUUAGCAAUGAAUCCACCGAGGUACCCGUUCCGGCGAAGGCGAUUUUCAACAAUAUUUAGUUCCACCUCAAUGCUAUCAGCUGAUCAGAUCCUCCUUACCCUUUGUGUCAAGCAGCGGACUAAAUUGCGCUUCAUGUUUAACGGUACGAAGCUCCUAAAAUUGGUGUAUUGUCCGGACCACGUCUUCUUACGAUAGACACUACGUUUAAUACUACCAGCGGGCCUUCUGCUCAAAAGCACAUACAGAAAGGGGAGCGAUCUGGACUGUUUUCCUUCAAGCGUGAAUCUGAUUGAUGGGUGCGCCUGAUUGAUGUCGUCCGGCGGGACACAAACGUCGUUUUGUUUAGGUGCAAUUGCGAAUAUAUCAUCCACAUAGCGUUCAUAAUAUCUCAGACCAUCGAUCUGGCGACGAAGUUCGAAAGCUUCUAGCUUGCCCAUAAACAUAUUCGCCAAAAGCGGACCAAGGGUUAUGCCUCUAGCUACCCCGUCGAUUUGUCUAUACAGAUUGUUGUCAAAUAGAAGCCGUACUUUGAAGGUACAUCUCAGUAGCAAUUCUUUGAGAGCAUUCACCGGCAUUCCUAUAUCAUGAUUAUUGGAGGCAAGGGCUUCACAGAGGUAGUUGACGAUUUCUGUGACCGGUACGUUCGUACAAAGAGACGAGACGUCCAGCGAAAUCAUAACAUUUCAGUUAAGGUUGAGAUUUUUCAUGCCGUUAAGGAAUUCAUAGGUAUACCGAAAGCUAUGUGAUGCUAGCCGGUAUUGUAUGGGCUUUAGUUUCUCCGCUAGCCAAAUCGCUAUAGCAUGGCGCGUCGAGUUUCUCAUGUCUAGAAUCGGUGUACCAUGUAUGUGGAUCUCUGGCGAGCCAUAUAACUGAGCUAUAUGCGUGCCGACAGGCGGGAGACGCUCUAGGUCGUAUUCGCUAAUGAAACCAUUCGUUUGAAGUCUUUUCAAACAGUCGGUCGGCAGAGUUUCAACCUCAUCUGUUCGAUCAUUUUGGUUUUCUGCCUUUCGGAAAUGUUCCUGGUCCGACAGGAUUGACUGUAUUUUGCAAUGUAGUCGGCUCUGUCCAUCAAAACAACAUCAGUUUUCUUAUCUUUGCCCUGUCGAAGUUGCUUUAACUCCUCAAUAUGUGACUGCGUCAGCAUGCCUCGAUAUUUCGGGACAGGAAUCGCUCACGCCUGUGUGAUGCAUGUUCAUUCACACAACCCGAUGCUUUACCAGAUCGCGUCAGCGAACGCAUAGACGGACUGUUUGCAGCUUUGUCCACCAUUGCACCCGAUCCCACCUCCGGUCAUCUGGACAUUGUCUUUCCAUCGGAGCCAGGUGGGUGUGGGAGGGAGGGAGUGGGGUAGAUGUUGCGCAGGUCUGCCUCACAAUAAACUGAUUCACGCGAACCCCGCCAGUGCUGCCUUCAGUCUGUGUGGCACACGGUGGAGUUCGCCAAUGGCUGCGAUUUUCCUAACUAGUCCGCAGGUCGCCCGAGACUCUGAAACUACAGCUCGGCCUAUAUGAGCCAAAAAGUGUCUCCGAGGAUGAUCCACAAACAGAACUAUUGUCAAUGACUGAAGGGACUGGCGGUGGAUUGCUGUCCGUUGUGAAUAUUGACGUGGCUGCAGUUGUUUGACUUUGGCAUAAACUGCAUUCUUCCGUACAGGUUUCGUGUACACAGUCAAUUGCGAGCAUGAGCUAACAGUUAGUUAUCGCGCAGUCUCGUAGGGGCACAUUCAAAUAACCGAACCAGCCGAUGAGGCUGACGGAGUAGCGACAGGCAGGGGGAGUGGACGUAGACUGAUGGCUAAGAUGAUGGGACGUCUCUGUUUUACGUGCGACACACAUAGGAAGGUGUGUGAAGAAUGCUUGAUAGUGUGCACUGGUGGACGGAGAGGACAAAUGGGAGAAGAUUAAAGUACGCAGAGUGACUUGCAAACACGCCGGAAAAUCCUGCUGGGAUUCAGAACGGGCUUGCCGCAUAUUAGGGGCUUAUUUGAAGGUUCAUCUUAUCAAAAUUCCAAAGGAGUCCAGGUCAACAUGAAGAACCAGCGUAUAUGACCGGCAACAGACACGCUGAGAUAUCACAUUUGGCCUUGAUUUUAGGCAACAAGCCAUCAUGAUGCGGCGUAGUCGUGCUGAAAAAUACUUGGCAUUCGGGAUAUAUGCUUUGUCUAGUCUCCUCCAGACCAAUGUGAGACAUGGCAAGACGAUGAUUGUUAUAAUAGGAGCAUAUUGAGAAUCCAGCGAUGUGCGUAGAUGUGAUGCACAUCUUAUUCCGGAGUUGUCUAGGUCAGUGCAGAGCAAAGGCAGGUUGUGGCUGUCCCUCUACGUACACGCUCGCUGCUUCCUCCCACCUCACUUUGAGAAGAUAUAUUUAAAAGCCGAGGUCCAAUCAUGUGUUUAAAUAUUUUAUUUCAGGAAGGCGGAGGAGACGCAACCGUGGAAAUACGAAUUGACCUUUCAGGUUCACAUCAGAGACAGCAUCAGAUCAUGGCGAAUGAUGCAAUCCUUGUGCAUGCUUUCACUCCCUGCCCGCAGGCCGGUGAGCCAGAUGGCCGAGCAAUCAUCCCGCCAGCAUGAAACACGAGUGAUGAGAUUUCAGCAAUUGACAACUUGCAUGCAGUCCAUGAAGCAAUUAGCGCACCAGCGGGCAACAAUCCUCGAUGAGGGGGGGGAGGGCGAUUAAUUAUCAUUGGCAUGCAGUGGCAUAGCGACUGCACCCUAUAAAUACUGAAACCUCCCGUGCACGAAUCACCCGUUUCUGCUACUGCCUCUGAUGAUGGCUUCGAGGGAGAAUCCGAAGCGUCGGGCGAAUAAGUCUCUUAUUCCAGCGAUCGCUUCUACUUCUUAUCAAAUGACACAACGCCGAUUGGCGUCAAGUCGUCUCCACAACGUAGCCAUGUCACGUGCGUUGCAAAUGGCAGGAGGUGUCAGGCUGACAGAAGGCGUCGUGAGAGAAUAACACACUGUCGACCAGGAGAACGGACUGCCACAGGCAAACAAGCUCGCCUUAAGCGCUGACUGUACUACCACACAACAUCCCAGCCACCGCCACCGUCGCAGGGCAGGUUAGUUAUCUUUUUUUUCUACUCUUCAUUCACAUGGGAAUUUUCUUAUAUUUACAUCUGUCGGCCUAUUUCGCGAAUUAUAUACAUUCAUUUUCCCCUCUUUGUUUAUCUGAAGUACAAUAAUGAGGUCAUCGUUGCUCUUUAAAUUUCCUUAGAAAUUAACUGCAAACCUGGAGUACAUCUGCAUCCUUAAGGUCUAUCGGCUCAGCCCAAAGUCUGUAUGUAUGAAUAUUUCGGCCGAAGUCCAUCAGCCAUGUCGGUAUACUACGCUGGCAUACUUCUUAUCUGCUGGUCACCUCAGUGAUUGACCGAUAUCAUGAAAUAUUGGCGUAAAUACUUCGAAUGGGAAGAAUUACUUGGGUGGGAUUGUAACAUUGAUUAUCAUUCAGCAUAACGCUAUUUAAUUUCGUACUCGACGGAAUGUCGCCAUUUUAAAGCACUUGCUUACAAUCUGCUGAAGAAACCACGCUGGUUGAAAAAUGACUACAUGGUUAAUAUGAAUUUUUUACAUCAAUUUUCGCUGACAAAAUAAAUUUAAAUACAUUAUAUAGAAAAGGCGCAAAAAUAUGCUUUCUUUUAGUAGUUUGGUAGAAGGUCACAUCCUCUUUACAUUUUAUACCCCAAGCAAUUUUAUCCUUCGGUUUUAACAAAGUUUUGCAUUACGAGAUUUCUAAGACCGUACGAUGUCCAUACAUACAGCAUGGCACAUAUCAGUUUCACAGUGCCCCUCAUGAAAUGUACAACAUAGUCCACAUCGAUUGCAGAAUUUCAUGAAAUCCAUAUAGUAUCUUCUUAAAGGCAUAGAGGAGUAUGUGAUUUUCCUUACACGGAAAGCGUACACCUUGUAGACUGCAAACGACUAGCGCUAAUGCAGUGGCAGAUCAGGCUCGAAAUGAUUCGGGAAUUGGGAAACAUUUUCAAAACUGAAAUACACACUUUCGGGUAAAAAAUGUGAGCACAAUGUGGUUACCGAUGAAACGUGUAAAUGGUACAUAUUUUGUGCACUUAUUCUACAAAAGAUAUUUGAAUUUAUCGGCACAGACGAAAUUUAAUGUGAAAAAUGCAUGCAGAAUAAGUGAUCAUUUUUGCAGAUUGUGGUUUCUGCAUGAGGUCGAAAAGGAGUGCAUUGAAAAGGCGACAUCCUGACGAGUCCGAAAUACUAUAGCGUUAUGCCGUAUGAUAAUCGAUGUUACAACCCCACCUAAGUAAUACUUCCUAACCCAAAAUUCCAUUCAGAUUUUGGAUCAAAAUUUCAUGUGACCGGUCACGAGCUGUAUCUGCUUUGCAUGCCCCAUUUUUAUCCACUGUGAAUAGAGGCCUAUUUGCUGAAAAUUUUGGAAUGACACUUGCGAAAUGAGAUCUAUCGCGCUGGCUCUCUCCCUCUCCCUCUCUCUAACACAGGCGAAAGAACGAAUGAUGUUAUAUAAAUGCGACUGACAAGCAGAGAAAGCCUCGAUUAUGCCGGCUAGAUCAGGCAUGAUCGCAGCCGUACCAUGGAUAAGAAGAAGAGGAAGACAUGAGGGUCAGCCCUACACACUUCCUGUCAAGCUGGGUCACACGAAAUCUAUAGAUCUCAGACCUCAAUUAAAUCACCAUGAAAAUAUCAGACUGAGCCCCGAAGACGAGACUGAACCUUUACGAGAUCGUGCUAUAUUUGGACACAAGAUUGCAUUUUUCAUCAACCGCGACCGACCUGGUACGCGAACCUACGAGAAGAGACCUGCAUUGGAGUAGGACAAAAUACAGAGCCCUCUUAAUAUUGAGCAAUUCUUCAUUGAUAUUGCAUCCACAGUUAAAUAGUGUUACAAGUCGAUUCGCCCUGUCUUUCUGGACUAAUUGCACAUGUAUCUGCAUUUAUGCUGUACCAGAUAAUAUAGGGCAUUUUGCAAUUUUAAAAAUCCAACUGCAUCUUCUCCUAUCGGAAUCAUUGUAGAGCGUGCAUGUUCAAUCUCCAUGGACUUGGUGGAUGCUGAGGACUGCUCGUCUCCUCCCUCCUUCCGAAUCGGCCUCAGCAGGGCUCGCCGCAAAAAUCAAAUGUUUGGUACCUACGAGGAGGCAGUUUCCGUCAGCAUCCGCGAUCUGCGCCAGGCGCCUACGAGUCAACAAUAUCCUGCUCAUUCCCUCCCUCCCAUCCUCGUCUCCGCCAUCACUGAUUGCGACGUCUUGAGAGAAAUGCUUGCUCUCCAUGGCGGCUUCGUUUUGCGUGUAUAUACAAACUGA